AUGUACUCUCACGAGCAAUUACCGAACAAGUCGGUCUCAUAUUAUUUAUCAUUACCUUCGUAUUGGUUGGAUAGGUUUUUUAGAGCAAUUUUUUAUUGGGUCGGAUACAUCACUGCUAGUGCUCCAAUUUUGUUCAUUGUGGCUGCCGUACUUUUUACAGGAGGUAUUGGUGUCGGUAUUAUGAAAAUUCAAUUGAUUACCGAUCCUCAAAGCUUGUGGGUUCCGCCUGAUAGCGACACUGUUAAGCAAAAGAAUUAUUUUGAUGAUCAAUUUACUCCGUUCUUUAGAAUUGAACAAUUGAUUUUUUUACCAAAAAACAAAUCUGUGACAAAUGCAAUUAACAAGGAAAUGUUUGAAGAUGUUUAUCAAAUUCAAAAAGAAAUAUUAGAUAUUCAAAUUUGGGACACUUCGAACCAUUCAUUACCACCCAUUACAUUGGAUGAUUUAUGCUACAAGCCAAUACCCUCCAAAGGUUGCAUGAUUCAGAGUCCAAUGCAGUUUUUCCAAAUGAAACAACAAAAUUUAGAAAGAUCUAUGGACAUUACUAAAACAAUUUUCACAUGUGUCCAAAGGCUAAGCUUGCAAUCUUUCUGUAUGUCUGACAUUGGUAUUCCAGUUUAUGAUAAACAAGUGUUUGGAAAGGCAUCAUACAACACCACCACGCAAACAGCAAGUGCAGAUGCUCUUAUUGUGACAUACCUAUUGAAUAACGACAAUGUAACGGCAGCGAAAGCUCUGCUUUGGGAGAAAGAAUUUCUUAAUAUUGCUGCCAAACCUCGUAGCCACGUUCUUGUUUAUAGAUCUGCAGAGAGAUCUGUUCAGGAUGAAAUUUCUGACGAGACUGGAGAUAUUUACACUGUGCUUAUCAGUUAUGCUGCCAUGUUUGUGUAUGUGGCAAUUUCUUUAGGACAGAUUCACCCUGUGAAAUCAAGAAUUGUGAUGGGAUUAUGUGGAGUUGUCAUUGUGAUCAUGUCUGUUGUGAUUUCUGCAGGUAUUUGUGGCUUGUGUGGUGUGCCUGCUACGUUGAUUAUCAUGGAAGUGAUGCCUUUCCUCAUUCUAGCCAUCGGUGUUGACAACAUGUUCAUUAUGGCUAAUCAUUUGGAUCAAGUUGCCAAGCUCAAAAAGAACCAAAAUCUUACUAUUGCUCAAAUAAUGGGAGAAACACUCGGAACUGUUGGCUCUUCAAUGACAUUGGCUUCAAUUUCUGAAUUUUUAGCUUUCAUGUUGGGUAGUUUGACAAAGAUGCCUGCUGUGCAAGCAUUUUGUAUUUAUUCAGGAGUAGCUAUCAUCACUAACUUUGUGCUACAAGUUACUUGCUUCUCUGCAUUACUUUCGUUAGAUUUGAGAAGAAAAUUAGGCCACCGACUAGAACUUGAACCAACAGUUGUGGUCACAUCCCCAUUCUUGAGAAAGGAUUGGGUCAGUAUUGCUGGUUUCAUUAGACUUUUGAUGAAGAAGGUCAUUGCUCCAAUUGUAACGUUUAUUCCAUUGAGCUUGUUGAUCAUUGUUGUUUUCUUAGGUCUUGCAGGUGCUUCCAUCUAUGCAUCAUUUUUCUUAAGCCAAGGGUUGGAUCAAAUAACAGCCCUACCAACAGGAUCCUAUUUGGGAGAGUAUUAUUUAAUGCAAAGAACGUACUUGGAUUUAGGUCCUCCUAUCUACUAUGUUACAGGAAAUAUUAAUUACACUGAUCCUAAAGUGCAAGAUCAAAUGUCAAAGAUGGUCAACAUUGUUGCAGAAACUGAGUACCUGGAUCGAGGAAGUAUUUUAUUUUAUUAUGCCGACUUUAAGCAAUGGGUAUUAACAAUUGAGUGUUCAAAUAAGAAUGUAUCAGCAACGUCGUAUGUACCACCUGAACAUUACAUUGAAUGGCUGCAAGAGUUUCUAGGUCAACAAGCAUGUUGCUCGUUCCGUGGGCAAACGACUCCACUUUGUGGGUUCCAAUACAAGAAUGACGUAAAGUUUUCUGCUGAUGGAAAAUCUAUUGAAGCAGCUAGGUUAAUGACUCAAACCAAAACCCUAGUGACUCAGGAUGAUUUUAUUAACAGUAUGAAAUCGGCCUAUUACACUUCCAACUAUCUGGCAGAUCCAAAGAAAUAUUUACCUCCUAAUCAAUGGGAUAGCAACAUUCCACUAAGCACUUUCCCAUACAGCGUCUAUUACAUUUACUUUGCUCAGUAUUUAUAUUUGCCUGAAGUUUCCGCAACGAACAUUAUGAUUGCUAGUGGUGCAGUGUUUUUGACUACCUUAAUCUUAUUGGGCUCUCCUGUUGCCUCUAUUUAUGUAUUAGUUUGCAUUUUCAUGAUUUUAUCAAACUUGUUGGGAAUUAUGUCCAUUUGGAAUAUCUAUGUCAAUGCUCUCUCUGUUGUCAACUUGGUCAUGUCUAUUGGUAUUAGUGUUGAAUUUUGUGUACAUAUUACACGUGCAUUUAUGAGAGCUAAAGGUACUCACAAAGAGAGAGUCAAGAAAUCAAUGAUAGGAAUGGGUUCUUCCGUAUUAUCUGGUAUUACAUUUACCAAAUUUAUUGGAGUUGUUGUUCUUGCAUUCUCACAUUCUGAGAUUUUCCGAAUUUACUAUUUCAAAAUGUAUUUGAGCAUUGUCGUGUCUGGAGCGUUGCACGGAAUGCUCUUCUUACCAGCCUUAUUGACAAUAGCAGGCCCUAGACAAGAUCCUGUUUCUGCACUUAAGGGUGAAGAUGAUGAUGAAGAAGAGGAAGAUGCAGCUGAAAUUGAUAUAGCAGGUGGAAGAAGUGGGUUUGUAAAUCCACAACAUUUAGAUGCAGAUGAUGAGGAACAACAAACAUCUCCAAUUAACUACUCUAAGUAA